UUUUUGGGGGGGGGGACCAGUUGGCAACAGAAGCAAUAAUAUCAGCAGCAAAAAAAAUCAGUCAGCAUAAACAGUAUGGUUGCGCAACGGAAAAAUCGAUCAAUAAAAAACACGUUCGCCGAAAUCCUCUCUCUCUUUUUCCUUUAUAAAUACCAACUUCCCCUUAUUCUGCCGCCCUCUCAAAAUCCUCAAUCACUCCAUUUCUUCUUCACUCACAUUCUCCACAUUUUGAAGAAGAGGAAGAAAGUUGGGAUUAUUAUUAUUACUAUUUUUGCAACACUCUCUUUCUAUUUUCCCAACUAAUAAUUACCUUCUUCUUUCUCCUUCUUCACCUCCAUUAAUGGCUUCUCCCCUCCCUCUCAUUUUCUCUCUCCUCGCUCUUUCUCUCCAUCUUCAACUAUCUCCAGGAGAAGCAGUGACAUUCACAAUAACAAACAAUUGCGACUACACAGUAUGGCCAGGAAUCCUCUCCAACGCAGGCGUAGCACCGCUUUCAACUACCGGUUUCGCUCUCCAAAAAGGUGAAACAAGAACAGUCAAUCCACCUUCCGGUUGGGGCGGCCGGUUCUGGGGUCGAACCUUCUGCUCAACCGAUCAAAAAACCGGCAAAUUCACUUGCUUAACCGGCGAUUGUGGGUCCGGUAAAAUCGACUGUUCCGGCGCCGGAGCAUUACCGCCGGCAACACUCGCUGAGUUCACACUCGAAGGUGCUGAUGGGAUGGAUUUCUACGAUGUUAGCCUAGUUGAUGGGUACAACAUAGCUAUGCUCGUGGCGCCGCGAGGCGGGGGCGGGCCAAAUUGCUCGUAUACUGGUUGUAUAAAUGACUUGAACGGCGCGUGUCCGUCAGAUUUGAAGGUGAUGAGUGCGGGUGAAGAGAGUGCGGUGGCGUGUAAAAGCGCGUGUGAUGCGUUUAAUACUCCGCAGUAUUGUUGUAGUGGGGCUUAUGGAUCGCCUGACACGUGUAAGCCAUCGAGUUAUUCAUUGGCGUUUAAAAAGGCUUGCCCACGCGCGUAUAGUUACGCGUAUGAUGAUAAGAGUAGUACUUUCACUUGUAAGGGCUCUCCUGAUUAUACCAUCACCUUUUGCCCUUCUCCUGCUACCAGCCAAAAGGCAUCGUCAUCAGACGAAGGAACACCAUCAACAUCAACUCCGUCAUCAGAUGUAAUAAUGAACAGCUCAAUGGUAUACGAAGGUGCUUUAGAUAUGUCAUCCUCACCGUCCAAAUGCAAUCAUUCACCUCUUAUUGCCGGUGGGGUUGCCACCUUCAUUGCCAUCUGGCGGUUGUCGGAGCUCUUCUUCUAAUCCACAUUUUGGUUGGUUAGUAGACGUUGUUAUCAGCAACUCCAAAAAAUCACAUACACAAAAGUCCGAACUAACUCUAACUUAUUACUUACCAGUUGUGCAAUUCACGAGUGAGGACAUUUGGUCUUUUUCCUACGUUUGAGCCCACACGUAUGCUUUUUGAUAAUGGGCCGGUGAUGGGCCUCAUGUCAUUUCUGGGCCAGAUGAUGGUUUGAUGAAGAACUGACUCAUUUAUAGAUUGAGAGAUUGAAAAAGAGAAUUCAUAUUGUUUGGUGGGUAGCUGGUGAUUUUCAAUUAUUUAAUAUUCAUACAUAAAAAUAGAAAUUAGGUUUUAUUUUGUUUUGAUUUAUUUAGAGUUUAGGAAUAGACAAAUUAGUGAUUGUAAUACAUAUAUAUACGUGCUACUACUAUUUGAUUGCUACCACUGAGGUUGGUGCUUAGGAUUAAUAUUAUUAUUAUGGAUUCAAUUUUCAUUCUUUA